AUGUCUACCACUCCUAACCCUAAGGCCUUCCCAUUGGCUGACGCCAACCUAUCCCAGCAGAUCUUGGAUGUUGUUCAACAAGCUUCUAACAUGAGACAGUUGAAGAAGGGUGCUAACGAGGCUACCAAGACUUUGAACCGUGGUAUCUCCGAGUUCAUCAUCAUGGCCGCCGACUGUGAGCCAAUUGAAAUUUUGCUGCACUUGCCAUUGUUGUGCGAGGACAAGAACGUUCCAUACGUUUUCGUUCCAUCCAGAACUGCUUUGGGUAGAGCCUGUGGUGUGUCUAGACCAGUUAUUGCUGCGUCGAUUACCACCAACGAUGCCUCUGCCAUCAAGUCUCAAAUCUACGCUGUCAAGGACAAGAUCGAGACUUUGUUGAUCUAA